AUGCCACCAAAUACUCAGUCCGAACGCCCACAGGUUCCAGUGACCCUAGACACACCCGUCACAAUCAAGGUCAACAUCGAUGGGCGAGUCGAGCGCCUCAGUCUCCCCCUUAGAGACUUGACCUUCCCGACCUUCCCCGUUAAGCUCCGACAGCACUUGAAGCUCAAGUCCGGUGAGGACUGGAGAUUCGAGCGAUAUUCAGACAGUGCCGGGACAUUCGUUUACCUUGACCCCACGAACCCUCAGGUCUACAAGACACUCUUCCGAGCUGCAAAGGCCAAACUCAAGCUCCGCAUCAGAGCUACCCGCGAUCACAGAGUUGCCGAAGCCAUGGCGCGGCUGACAGCAAUGCGGCUUGCCAACACUGCCCAACCCUCCGAUGUGCUCCCCGAGCUGAAUGGAGUCCAAUACCCCAUAACACAGGCCGCGAAUGUCCCCGAGGCGUCGGCAAUGGACACUUUGCCAACACCAACGGCCAUUAUUCCUGCAGCUAUCGCGGACGAGAAAAAUGCGACGCCUUCCUCAGCUACCGCUACUCCAGUCGUAGCACCCACAACCGAUGCCGAUGCUUCCACUCCCAGCCCUGAAAGGCGUAUCAUUGGUGCUUGGGUCAUAUUCUGCAACGAGUGCAAACUAACCGUUGAAGACGUCUUUCAUUACCAUUGUAGCAUCUGCGAGAGCGGAGACUACGAUCUCUGCUUGAAGUGUGUUAACGCUGGGAAGCACUGCUUGAAUGAUUCUCACUGGUUGGUCAAGCGAUUCUAUAAGGACGGCCAAUUCUUCAGCAGCAUCACUGAACAAAUCGGUCCGAAGCGUAAGUCGCAUGAUGAGAUGCCUGGAGCCUUUUUGGACGAUAAGCAGCCUGCUGUCGUCGAAUCUGAUCAGUCUACACAGCAGGCUGAGGAAGAGCCUAAUCGCACUUGUAACUGCUGCGUAAGAGUGUUACCAGAGGACCAGUUUGUUACUUGCACUACGUGUGAGGAUUAUGACCUCUGCUUCUACUGUCACAUGCAGAACAAGCAUGGCCACCACCCUGGGCACGUCUUCAAAGCUGCGCUUGAUGAUGUUAAAUUACCCGCCGUUGCAGCCUUUCUCUGCAAGGCAGGUAGAAAUGUCCGCCAUUCCGCCAUCUGCGACCGGUGCAAUAAGUUUAUUUACGGUGUGCGUCACAAGUGUCUAAGCUGCCCUGAUUGGGACUUCUGCGACGACUGCUACAAAACCGCUCAACGCACUCAUCCGCGCCACCGCUUCGUUCCCAUCUAUGAGCCCUUGGCUGAAUCCCAAGCCUUCGGAACGCGCCAUGUCGGCAUCUAUUGUGACGGCCCCCUUUGCAAGGGGAGACCCGAUGUCUCGUACAUUGAGGGAGUCCGUUACAAGUGUGCCGUCUGUCAUGACACGGAUUUCUGUGCCAAAUGCGAGGCACUCCCAGACAACAAGCACAGCCAUACUCAUCCACUGAUCAAGUUCAAGACGCCUGUUCGAAAUGUCAGCAUGACGACAUUGGUGGAGGGCGGUAAAGAUGGACAAACGAUGGCACAGUUUGGCGAUAGGCCUUCCAACAGGCCCCAUUGCCAACCGUCUGUGCAUACCCCUCCCAACGCCAUGAAGGUGCAGACCGUUGCCCACCUGCACCCCGCCGGGCCAGACCACACCAAGAUCCCAGAGAAGAAGAGUGACAUCCACACGCUUCUGGUCGAUCCGGUCAAGGAGAAGGCUCCGGACAGCCAACCCACUUCCGCCGCUGCUACGGCUCCCACCUGCAAGGAAACCACCUCCCCGGAACGCACCCCCGAUGCCUCAAAGCUUGAUGCACAGUUCAUUCGCGAGAGUGUCUCUGAUGGUACACCGAUAAGCGCCGGCAGUGUAUUUGUGCAAACCUGGACUCUGAAGAACCCGGGCCCCAAUUCCUGGCCGGCAGGUUGUUGUGUUCAGUAUACCGCAGGAGAUUCCAUGCUCAAUCUCGACCACACUCGUGCUGUCAGUCAGCAGGAGUUCUCCACGGCUCGCUCUACCAAUCCGAUUCUUCGCCCUGUCAACCCAGGAGAAGAGGCUACCUUCCGUGCCAUUUUGAAAGCGCCGUCGCGCUUGGGGGCUUCCAUCUCUUAUUGGCGGUUGAACACACCUGAAGGUGUUCCGUUUGGCCACCGCCUUUGGUGUGACAUCCAAGUCGUCGCUCCCUCGAUUCCACCGGCCACCCUCCCGUCGCCCUGGUCUCAAGUAGCCCCUCCCAUGUUCCCGUUGAUGGGCGGAUACAUCCCGCCAAGCGCAGUGCUGAGCUCCGACAUGGCCGCAUCCAUGCGCAGCGGACAGUUGGCCCCAAUGAGUACGUCUGAUUCCCAGCGCAUGCUCCGGGUGAUGCCGGAUCGCACAAUUAGAGAGAAACUGGCUGGGUAUGAACUAUCAGAUCGCGAUCACCCAGUGGAGGCCCCAGAGUCUCGCUCGGAGAAGCAUCUGGAUGAGCCUCCGAAGGAGAAGCUAAUCGAAUGUGACCUCAAUGUGCCAAAGGCCGAAAAGUUGGUCGAGGUUGCAACAGCACCGGAAGUCUCCAAGCCAGAAGCGUCGGUCACACCAGCAGCGGUGGCAACGGAGAGGGAGGAUACUCAAGCGACAAGCCCUAAGCCAGUCUCUCCCGAGGCGGAGUCUUCCCGAAUGAUCUUCCCCAAGCUUGAGAAAGAGUCGCCCGCUUCCAGCGUUCACGAGCCCGGAUCUGCUAAAAUCGGUGAAGCGGAUGUCAAGGCACGGAGCUCUACAAGUGCUAGCUCUUCCGCCGACUCUAGCGAGGAGUUCUUCGAGGAUGCCGAGAGCGUUGACAUCCAAUCUGCCACGGAUGGCGACAGCUUUUUGACGGAUGAAGAAUACGAUAUUCUCGAUGCUAGCGACGAGGAUGCUGAGUGA